AUGGACCAAUUUUUUAAAGAAAUCAAAAAUCAAAUAGAAACAGAGUAUGUAAUGAGUAUAAACUUUGUAUAAAGUAUUAACAAUUUCAGUUUUGAAAAGAAAUCUGCUUUACAAGAUUUGGAACAUCAAUUUGAUGUCUCAAUUAUACCUUUUAAAUCAAAAUUUAAUGAUAAAAUAACAAUUUUACCAAAUAAAUUGAAAUCAGAAGAAAAUGUGUCAGUAUUUAUUAGUGAAGUAGUUUCAAAUUAUGAAAAAUUCUCUAAAUCAGUUUCUGAAUUGAAUGCAAAAUUUGGUCAAAAAGAAAGACUUCAAAAUAAAAUAGUGGAAGAAUCUAUUUAUUACUUAUUAAUUAGCAAUUAUUUUCAAGUUUUGUCAAAUUCAUACACAAAUGAGGUUAUAAGGAUUCAGUUUGUCUCAGAAAAGGAAAAUGGUAUCAUUUUAACUCCAGAGCAAGUAAAAUCCUUAUUAAAUUUUGAUAAAAUUGAUUAUCAAAUAUACCUAAUUUCAUUGUUAAAAUUAAUUGAAGUAAUUGUGGAAUAUACUUUGAACUCAGUCAUAAACCAAUCAAUUGAAAACGAGUCUAUUAGCUCGAACUACUCAAUAAGUUUAAUAAACUCACAAAUUGUGUCAAAAUUACAAAAUGGUUUUCAAUUAUUAGAUUUGAAAAAUGAUAUUUUAAGAAAGAAAUACGACAGUUUGAAAUAUAAUUAUCAAAGAUUAAAUAAGAUAGUUUAUGAUUUAACUUUAAGAAAUUUAAUUACCACUAAAAUAGAAUUAUUAUAA